AUGACUGACAGUAAUUGGGCUGGCAACACAGGGACUCCAGGCGUUUGGCUUUUCCACACCGGGAACUACUAUUCUUUUGAAAACAUCGUGCCUGCGUCGAGUAGCGGCCUCCUUUCAACAUUGGCACCAAGAGAACAUGCCCUGCCUCUGGACACCACCACACCCGAGUACAGCGACUUAGAAGAGUACACAGACAGCAGUAACUUUAACUCCGCUAACGAAGAGGAAGAGGAGGAUUACCCUCUGACUGGUGAAGAUCCGGAAUUCCAGCCAGAGCUCGCUAAUGAAUCCCUUCAGCCAAGAAGUUCGAACCCUCCUUCGUCAGCGUCCGAGGACUCGGCUCGACAAGAUUUACCUUUGACCGCUGAACCCAGACGCAGUUCAGAGAGUGUCGAUAGCCAGUACCUUCCUCAUCCUCAUCCUCGUAGAGAUAGGAUCCCAGAUGGAGGGGACCAGCGGUCGCAUGGGCAGAAACCUCAGCUUCCUGUGGAUGUGGUAGACCUGUACCCCUCUCACGGAAACCACGCCCCACUGUCCCCUGGGGGUCAUGUUGUCAGUGUGGACGAAGAUGACAUUGACUUUGACACAGGAGUGAUCCAGUACACCACUGAGAACAAGGAAACAUGUGCCAGGUUCCAGCAGCAGUGUUCCCAGAAUGCAUUUUGUUCUGACUACGCUACAGGCUUCUGCUGUCACUGUCAACCUGGAUUUUACGGAAAUGGCCGUCAUUGUCUGCCCAAGGCGGCCCCCCAACGUGUCAGCGGCAAGCUCAGCGGGACGGUGAUAGUGGGUAUGACCCCCGUGGAGCUCAACCAAAUCGAUCUCCACGCUUACAUCGUGGUGGGAGACGGGAGGGCGUACACAGCCGUCAGCGAGAUCCCUGAGCCAGUGGGUUGGGCCUUGAUGCCGGCUGCACCGAUUGGAGAGUUGUUUGGAUGGCUGUUUGCUCUGGAGCUGCCCAAUAGCCAAGCCGGAUUCAAAACUACAGUUUCUCCCGACUGGACAUGCCUGAAACACCUCGGAGGCGUCCAGGAGGCCUCCGUAGCAGAUUCCCCUCAGCUUGCUCUUCUCGACGUGAAGGAACAGCGGCUCUACUCUGAGCCUCUACCGGAUGACCGAGCUCGUAAUCUCUAA